AUGCAGCGCCGCCUACUGAAGGUUUUACUAAUUUAAAAUUUCUCAAUUUUUUUCAUUUAGAACCCAUCUUGUCGAAAUCGUACCGCUCACUGCGGUACGAAAAAAAUAAACAAUUUUUCUAUAGUUUACAUUUUCAGAUACGGACUCGCUCAUGUUUCUGAAACAGGCAGGGAUGGAUAACAUCGAGGACAUGAUGGGCUCGGUAUUCUAUCAAAUUUUUUGUUAUUUUGUAAAAUUUUUUUAUUCCAGGGUCUAGGCAUGUUCCAGUCCGAGGUACCGGCAGGCUACAAAAUCAUAAAAUUUGUCUCAACUGCGAGCAAAGUGUACACGUACGUCCUCGAAGACCCAGCCGGUAAUCAGAAGGUGGUCUGGAAGGCCAAGGGAGUGAGGCAUGACGUUGAUAACAACAGCGUCAUAACCGUGGAUGCGCUCGAACAACAGGUUCUUUUUCUAUUUUUUGAGCACUUUUUCCAAUAAAAAACUCAUUUUUUGAACAUUUUUUUUUCAGGCGCGCUCCUUUGCGGCCGGAGAGGGUUUCGAUGUCAUCGAAACAACGGACGAGACGAUGGUCAAAAGACCAGUGCAACGUCUGAAGAAGCUGCAGCCGGUGAUGGAUAAAAUGCUGUUCUUCCCAGAUGGCUCCACGCGUCCUUAUGGUUGGAUCGAAGACCCGACGGACCUCAUAGACGAUUAUCUUUUCUAUCACUGA